GCCAGCGCGGAGUACGGCCCUUGUUGUGCAUCUUGAAAUCCGAAACCGGGCAAAGUCUCGCAAACUCCUGGAGGCAACUUUCGGCGAGGGGCUGAUGUGCAGCCCUCGCUCGGCUUUGCAUACGGCGGCGUCCCACUAAAAGGAGACUGGGGAGGAACAGCGGAGGACUCCGGGGCUGGAUCUCGGCAUGGCCCUCGCCAAGGCUCCGCAGUGGGUUUUGCGCGCUCUCGUCUUGGCUGCGACGGUCUUGGUCGCCUGCCGUGGGCAAGGCGGACGGAGCCGGGAAGACGGCGGCUCUGCCUGCUACGGAGGCUUCGACCUGUACUUCAUCUUGGACAAAUCAGGAAGUGUCCUGCACCACUGGAGCGAAAUCUAUUACUUUGUGGAACAUCUGGCUCACAAAUUUAUAAGCCCCCAGCUGAGGAUGUCCUUCAUUGUAUUCUCCACUAGAGGCUCAACUCUAAUGAGACUGACUGAAGAUAGGGAACAGAUACGUCAAGGCUUGGAGGAGCUUCAGAAAGUCCUGCCAGGAGGAGACACUUAUAUGCACGAAGGUUUUGAAAGGGCAAGUGAGCAAAUUUACCAUGAAAAUGUUCAAGGUUAUAGGACAGCAAGCGUCAUUAUUGCGCUAACAGAUGGUGAACUUCACGAGGAUCUUUUCUUCUAUGCAGAACGAGAGGCUAACCGAUCCCGUGACCUGGGAGCAACUGUAUAUUGCGUUGGCGUGAAAGAUUUCAAUGAAACUCAGCUGGCUCGAAUCGCUGACAGCAAGGAUCACGUCUUCCCUGUAAAUGAUGGCUUUGAAGCACUCCAGGGGAUCAUAGACUCAAUUUUGAAGAAAUCCUGCAUUGAAAUUCUGGCUGCAAAACCUUCUAGUAUUUGUGCAGGAGAGUCAUUCCAAGUAGUUGUGACAGGAAACGGAUUUCGACAUGCCCGCAAUGUUGAUAGAGUCCUCUGCAGCUUCCGAAUCAACGAGACGAUCAUUCUCAAUGAGAAACCCUUUGCAGUAGAGGACACCUAUUUACUCUGUCCUGCUCCUGUGUUACAAGAAGUUGGCAUGCAAGCUGCUCUUCAAGUCAGCAUGAACGAUGGCCUCAGUUUCAUCUCAAGCUCUGUCAUCAUCUCCAGCACACACUGUUCUGAUGGGACGAUCCUGGCAAUUGCUUUGCUGAUCCUUUUCCUUCUAGUGGCAUUGGCUCUCCUGUGGUGGUUCUGGCCUCUGUGCUGCACUGUGAUUAUUAAGGAGCCACCUCCACCCCCUGUGGAAGACAGUGAGGAAGAAGAUGAUGAUGGACUUCCUAAGAAAAAGUGGCCAACGGUAGAUGCUUCCUAUUAUGGUGGACGUGGUGUUGGUGGUAUUAAACGAAUGGAGGUUCGCUGGGGAGAAAAAGGCUCUACAGAAGAAGGUGCUAAGCUGGAAAAGGCCAAAAAUGCCAGAGUCAAGAUGCCUGAACAAGAGUAUGAAUUUCCAGAGCCCAGGAGUCUUGGAAACAGUAUCCGAAGGUCCUCUUCUCCCAAGAAGUGGUACUCUCCAAUUAAGGGAAAGCUGGAUGCCCUCUGGGUCCUGUUACGGAAAGGUUAUGACCGUGUAUCUGUGAUGAGACCCCAGCCAGGAGACAAGGGUCGUUGCAUUAAUUUCACCAGAGUGAAGACUUCUCAGGCUCCGCCAAAAUAUCCACUCAACAAUGCAUAUCAUCCUCCAUCUCCACCCCCCGCCCCCAUCUAUAACCCUCCACCCCCUGCCCCGAUCUACACCCCACCACCACCUAGCACACCAACACCACCCACUCCAUCCCCACCUUCCACCCUCCCACCACUCCCACCACCUCCUCAUGCUCCACCCCCCAAUCGGGCUCCACCGCCUUCACGGCCCCCACCUCGUCCUUCUUUCUAAAGAGCAAACCCAUCUCUCCCAGAAGCAUUUCUCAAGCCAUUUUCAGCAAUACUGUACCAAUUCUGUUACAGGAGGGGCUCUAACAUUCUGGGUGACAAGAUAAACAAGCCACUUUUAAAUGUUCUUUUUAAAAACCCUAAUGCAUCAGUCAACUGAAAUGCUGAAAUCACUUGUGUUGACUUCAAAAGGAAACCCUGCCAUUCACUCCCCCCUCCACCCCCAAAAGGCCAAAUCCUUUGGGUGAAGAUUGGCAGGGAAUGACAUUACUGAAAACCACCAAUAGCCCCUGCGCAUAUCACAACGGGUCAGUUCCCAGUCUUCAUGUUCCUGCUGAGAAUGGAUUAUUCCUGACGAAUGGCAGGAACCUCAGGAUGAAACCCCAGCUAUAAGGACACCAGUUCCAGUAGCUAAAAUGAGCCCAUUCCCAUGAGUCAUAUCAAUAUUGCUGGAGUCUUCCAUCGCACAGAAGGGAUUUGCGUGCGAGGCUGGAUUUGAUACGUUGCUGCAAGGAAAAUGGUCGACGUAAUGAAAUGUUGACUGAUUUAAAGGAAGAGAAAGGGAAGGAUCGGUAGAAUGGGAGAUUUUUUGGUGCUUCAUCCUUCAAAGAAGGUGAAACGAAUUUAAAAGCCAUUCUUCACAAUAUUCUCAGUUGCCAGAAGACGAAAUGAGGCAGAAGGACAAAGCAUCUUGUCAAGUGGCGUCAGUUGGUAUCCAGGGCAGGAUGGUCCUGCCCACACAGCAGGCAGUGAAUGAAAAUUUCUGAAAUCAUUUCCAGGACACCUGAAGGCACUCCAAGAGCAUGAAACCACAACCACUGCAGAUUGAAUAGGCCUAACAGAGCUCCCCAGAUAUAUUUAAAUACCCUCUUAAAAUUGUAUGGUGGUUUGGGGCCUGCAAAAAACACAGACCAGUAAGGUGGAGGAAAGAACAGAAAGAUGAGCUUAGUGUGUGCUAUAUACAUGUGGGCAUAGGGUGGGACUGUUGCAGGGUCAGUUUGACUUGACUUUUGAAAGUCCCUCCAGUAGUUCUGCGCAAACAAUCUUACAACCAUUGUUUGUAUGUUGAUGUCAACAAAAGUAGCCUUUUUCAGUGGAUUUGAACAUACUGAACUGAUCUCAUGAAUGGUGCAGUAUGUGUCUAGAAUGAGAAUGAAUUUUCUAGGGCCUGUUGAGUUGCAGUACAAAAUGUGUGUUCAGACAGAAUUUCGAGGGUGAAAGCGAGUGUUAAAAAUUGGAGAAGUGGGAAAAUGAAUCGCAAAUCGAAGUGCCAGUGAAAGGCAAAGGUUGUUGUUGGACCACUCAGUUCAGUAUAUGAGCACAUCAUCUGAAACAAGCAGCAUGCCUCAACUUCAGUAUGGAUGUGGGACUCUGGUCUCGCCGUCUUCCUGUGCUAUCUAGGUUUCUGCUUCCCUUUCCUAGCAAAGGAAUAAUUUAGACAGCUAUGAGGUGCCUGGUGUCUUCUUGAACCGCUCGUGCAAGUCAGCUCCAUCCUGUUGUGUAUUAUUUAUACAGGUUGGAAAGGCUCAUAAGAUUACUUUUGGAGAGGUCUGCCAAAAUCUAUAUCCAUCAUGUAGCAAGUGUGCAUGACUUGGUAACCUCAGGCAGGAAGCAUGCAGACACAACACAGUGUGUCAGUUUCAUGGGGAGGCGGGACUCUUCAUAGCCAUGCAUGCAAAAGGGCAGUUAGUGAAUGCCACAUCUCAGCUGUAUCACUUAAUUUCACUAUGAACAGGCAAGACAGUACCCUCAGCAUCCCAAGAGAUGCACAGGUUGCAUUUCACCCUUUGCUCUUUAUUUAUGAGAAGUAACUCUGAUUGCCAGCCCCAUUUCUGCACAAAUGUCUGAAAACAUGCUUCUGUAACACGUGUCAGAAAUCACCUAGGACAGUUGAAUUGUUUAAGGCCAUACUUCUAAGUCCCUGGUAUGAUUGUUAGGAUCAGUUGUACCAAAGCAGGCACCUCCAGUUUUUAAGCCCUUUGUAUCUAGAGAUCUGUUUAAUGUCUUUUCAUAGAAUAGGUAAAAACAUUAAAUGAUAUUGGGAUGACUAAUUUUUUUAAAAAAUAACAGAGGACCUGAUCCAGCCCAAGUGAAGUGCUUCCAAAUAAAUCUGAAUGUUCACAUUCAGAACCCUUUUCUAUCAACAGGACAUAAGUAUUUCAUUUUGGCUGACUCAAGACCCAAUUUUUCAUCCUUUUUGGGCACAGAAGUUCUGAGCAACACCUGAAGUGGGGCACAAUUUUUCUGCAAACAGUUCAGCAGGUUGGUGAUAAUUGUGGCCAUAAGGUGCUAUGAGUUUUGCAUAGGUAAAGAUCGUUUCAGUGCUCUGAGAGGUCAAGAAGUGCACAGGCUGCAGAAAGUGUAGUCAGACAAAGCACUCAUGUUUCCACUUUCCAGUGUUGACUCUCCCAAUAAUGGAGCUUUAGCAUCUAUCCUAAAGACCUGUGGGUGGAAUGUAGACAGUUUCUCAAGGGCAGAGGUGUGACUCUCAGUUGGAUUUUUAACAGAAUUUGAUCCAUACAGUGUCCACCAGUGGCUAUUAGCCAAAGAAUGGCUAGAGGGAACUUCAGUAUUUGGAAGUAGACUUCUGGAUACCAGGAGCAAACAACAGGACUGCUGUCAUGUUCACAACUUUUUUGUGUCAUCCCAGAGACAGCUACUUGGUUGCCUUUGGAAACAGAAGUCUCAAUAGCUCCUAGCCCUUACCUGAGAGGGCAGUUCUCAUGUUCUUAGUUGGUUUCCUGCUGUGCUGUAUUCUUGUGCAAAACCAACCUAUGAUAAUCAUCAUAAGGUUCAAACUUAAGCCUUGGCCCAAAGUCUUGAGUGAGCCCUCCCCCUCUUUCCUGUAGCACCAGCAGAUAUCCUGAGCAGAGGGCUUUCUUCUGCUUCCUCCAGUAACUUUAAAGCAUAAAUCCUUAUGGUAGUAAUAGUAAGCUCAUCCCAUAUAGUAUUUUUCCAAGGAGAGAAAAUCAAGAGAUCAAAGCCAAGUAGACCAACCUCCUGUAAAAAGAUUCUCUCCUUUUUAUGGAGAUCCUUGUUAAUACAUGCCUAAUAACCGGCAUGGAGGUCAAUUACCAUUGACCCUACAACAACAGCUGCUUUAUCUGCUGGCAGUACAAAGCAGUCUCUUGAAAGAGCAAAGCCAUCAACCCAUAUGCUGCCCUUGUUGCAUGCCUCUCCAGAGAGACCCACUGGUUUUGGUUUACAGGUUGCAGUCAGUUCAGUCAGAAGGCUACUUUGUCAUUAACAGGGAAGCUCUGACAAAAGAUUUGGCUGCAUGCCAGUUAACACUGACUGGACACCACCUAGCUGAGUAUCUUGGUUAAAGAUGAAGAGCCCAAUCCACCUGGAUGGUCUCCUGUGCAAACCCUAUUGAGGUGAACAGUUGUACUUUGGUGCAGCUUCUGGUUACUGCAACAGGGCUUGAGCUGGAAAAUGUCCUGGUAGAUUUUGCCUAGAAAGUAUAAAAUGGGGAUUAGUGUCAUGAAGGUGUUUUAGAUUUGGUUUUACUCUUACAGAUCCUUAAAACUGCUCAAAAGUUCAGAACAAAAGUGUUUUUUUUUAAAUGCCAAGAUGAUACUUUUUGUAUUAAAUGAACAGAACAAAUCCAGAGGGGAAAGUGUAUUCUACUGCCUCUGUUUUUAUUGAAAUGGAAUUUUGUUUUCCCAGUUCUGAAUUCUAAACUUUAAAAUAUGAGGGGAAGGGAAGGGAGGGGGCUAAAAAUAUACACCAGGUAUUACUUUUUAAGUACACUAAAAUUCUCUGCACAUGACUCAAAAGCAAAAUUCCAAAUCUGUGGUGUAUAUAUUAUUGCAUGCUUGCCAUAUUUUAAGUGGAAGCAUUUCCUAUCCAGUGUGGAUAAAAGAUCUUUUUUUUCCAAGUUGUAGUAAAUUAUUAUAAAGCCAGUGAUAUUUCAUGGCAUGUUAUUGUAUCAAGCUGUGCUUGUUUUUUUAUUUUUCUUCAUGUUUUUAUUGCUUUUAUUAAUGUAUGAACAUUUCCUGUUAUUGACGAGUACCUCCUUUAUGGACCAUUAAUUGAACUCACAAGGAUUCUUGGGGAUGACUUCCACUUGAGCUGUUGAGAGAGGCUCUAAACAGUAGGGGAAUGUUUACAUGAAGGAGAAAUUAGUUCAGUGGGCCCAAUCCACCAAGUACUACAAUUGCAUGAACUUCAUUCAUUUGGCAAUGCGGUAAGAUUAGGCAGAGACAGACCAAAUGACUCCAAGAGACACAAUCCACCAGAAAGCUGUCCUGCCUAAGCCCCACUGCAAGAGCUUCAUAGUUCAACUGUGUGGCUCCCAUUCAUUCUGGUAGGACUAACUCAAAACUUCCUGGUGGAUUGUGUAUAUGUGAAGGUGCUGUUUGGAUUUUCUGCCACAGGCAUCAACCCUUCUCAGGCUGGCCCUGGUAGGGACUGCGCCUUAAAAUUCACAAGUGACAAAGGAUGUUUUAAGGGAAUGUAGAAGUGAAGCCCAUCCAGGGAACACUUACUUAUGGCUGGACCACCCUUUUUACAACAUAUAGUCAUCAGAUUUCAAAAGCUCAAGGCACUUAGAUUUGAUGAGGGGUAUUUUAUGAAACUUUGAAGCAAUUUGACAUUAGUUAGCAUGGUAGUAAUGUAAUUGCUUGGUCUGCCAAUGAUAUAUGCUUCUUCAAAUGCCAGUAUCCUUUAGCUAUAGCUGCAAGAAUUCUGUUGGCUGUAAAGCACUUCCUAACAGCUUGGAUCAGUCUAGGUCAGUGGGUACUUUUGGGGUUAAGUAUUGAGGUUUAAGAACCACCCAUGGAGUGAGUAGCGGAGCACACACUGAGAGGGCCUUUCAGGGGGAAAAACUAAUGUGAACUGUAGCCUACUAAAUGGACUGGAGGCAUCGGAUGUUGCAGUGCUGUUGAUGCUAAGUGGGUGCUGAGCCUGUACCACAAUGGGAGACCACAGUAAGGACUGUAGAAGCUGUUCUUUCAAAAGGAAGAGGAGGCAGCAAAUGCCAUACACACCUGGCUGAGGGUAUAGAGAAAUGCAUGUUUAAGUGGAGUUUCUGCCCAAUUUUACUGAACCAGAGGCAAGCCCAAGACAUUUUGAUGUCUGCAAGAGAAAAAUCAUCAAAACUUAAAAAGUGGUGACCUUGGCUGGAUGGGGCCCAUACUCUAAUUUUAAUAGAUCUCUGAGACAAUUAAUGUUAAGUAAAAGUGAGGUUGAACUGGCUGGCAUACUAUAUACAGACAUAUAGGACUGUAUAUAUGUAUCUUCUGUUACUAUAAAACCCUAGGAGCUCAUUGAAAAUAUUCCAAAUCUAGCAAUUUCUAAUCAAGAGUUCCUUUAAAGAUCACAAAGAAAAGCAACGAAAAUAAAGGGCGUCGCCUCUUUUUCAAAUUUUCUAGGGAAAAAUACAUUUUUUGUUUAGUUUGUGUGUUCCGACUACUUCUUAGAACUAAAUAUCAGAACAGUUGAGCAACUCUUGAAACAGUUAUGGUGGGCCUCCUGGCUCACACACUUGUUAGUCCUAGCAGCUCUAAGGGACAGUGGUUAACCACACGUCACAUUUUAGAGACUGGCUGAUCUGGAUUUCUUGUUGGUCACGGCAAAGAAGAGAUGGGAAUGUAGCACCUGAUGGAGAAGAUGCAAGUAAGGAAAUAAAGUUUUUCUGUGGUGGAUCUGGCUACCUCUGGGAGAUGAGCAACUGAUAAUUCAGGCAGCAGAAAAUUGUUAUUCUGUGCGCAGUUGACUUGUUUGCAUGUGUCAUUUUUAGAUACAGUCAUUACUCUGCCAAUUUUGAUGUUAUUAAAUACCUACUUUGAA